AUGGAUCAGCUUUAUUCAUGUCUCCGGAAGGAAAUUGCCUCCUUUGAGACACAUGUUCAGGUCUGCAAAGAAGCUUUUGAUCUGGACACCUUAAAGCAUGUUCUGAGUGUGCUUACUGAGAGUUACCAGGGAGAGAUUGAGAGCCUGGAUGUGCUCUGGCAUCUUGCUGGAAUACCAGCUAUCACAAAUCAAGUAGGUGUGAACAUCACAGUUAAUAAUGGAGGUAUUGACCUUCAAGGUUAUAUCUCAUGGCUCUGCUCCUUCAUAGAGCAUCUAAGGUCAAUGAAAGAAACCUUUGAUGACAAAGUGGUUAUCCCUCUUUGUGAAAGUCUUUAUGUUAAUGAUGAAGGAGGAAUCUCAGAAUGCUUCUCAGAUAUGUUCUCACCCUUAACUUCUCUUCAGGAGUCCUGGACAAAACCAAAAGUGCAACCAAAGGAAUCCAUUGCUAAGGUGGCUAACGAACUUUUUAUCCUGCGACGGAGGUGGGCUUUGCUGCUCACUCCUGGCCCCAUUAAAGCAGAGAACUUUAAUCCACAGAGUGCACCUAAGGAGGCCGGGGGGGUACUGCAUUUUGGAAAAAUCCUUUGGUUGGUACCAGAUAUUGUCUAUAAAAGCCUUCUGGCAGCUAACCUAGCAUCUCAAUGGGUUGACCUUUACCAGAUGAAAUAUAGUGACCAGAAGUGGCCAAAACACUCAUUUAGCCAAGCAAAAGUGGAGACCUCCAAUAGCCCAAACCUAGAGAAGACAGAACACUUAAGAAAGCCUUCAAGCUUCUUAAAAAUAGAAAGUGGGAACGGUCAAGGAGAACGAAUGACUGACAUAAAAGCAAAGCUAAGAAAUGCCAGAAUGGAGCUCAUGGCACUCAGGUGGCGUGAAGAGAGAGCAAAAAUUCUGGAACAGCAAAUUACACAGGUCUUGCAGAAGGUUAAAAACAUUCGUAUUCAACUCAAAGACAAGAAAAAUGAAAUGGACCAUCUGAAGCAACUUACAGAAUGGGAAGCAAGAGAUGAGCAAAAAGCAGAGAUGCUUAACCAAAAGUACAAAGAGUGCCUUAAUCAAAUCCGAAGUCUGGAGCAACAUCUAAAGCUGGAGGAGUACCAUGAAAAUAUAUUGCAAGGAGAUAUGAUGCUUGAGUUAGAAAUCCGUCCUUCUCUAAUCCGACAAAUUGAAAUGAUUCAAGAUCGGUGCAAGGAGCUUGAGGAAAAAUUGAAAUUUACUGAAUAUGUAAAGAACAGCCCAGAGGCUCUGCAAGAACUCGGCAAACUGACUCCAGAUACACAUUCUAUUAUUUCCAACUGUACUAGCUUGUUCUCUUUGAAAUAAUCCUUUCACAUGUUCAAUGCCAGCCAGAAACACCUCCAGGUGGCAGUCAGAGACAAUACAUAGUGUCAUUGUAUCAAAAAUAUUGGUAGCAAAUGCUUUAUGGUAUACAUAAAUUAAGUAUAAAUAUGUGAUAAAAUAUGGAAAAACAU